AUGGGUGAAUCUGAGAUACAUUUCAACUGCAAUGUGAUGCAGGAAUGUGAUAAGUACCCAUAUAUUGCUACUUCUAGGUCUCUAGAAUUUGGAGAAAGAAUCUGGAUCUAUAACCAAGAAGGCUUGGGCACCAGAAGGCCAGGGCAGAAGACGACUGAUGAGUUUCCUGAGACUUUAAGUCUUAGUAAGGAUUUUGAGGAGCCCGAGCAGAGGGUGCUGUAUUUGGUGUCCUAUGGGAAUGUGGACCCUGUGUUGUCAAAUAUUUCCUUUUUUGCGGGGGGAGGUACAAAACCCAUCUGCCAGGCAGCGUAUCAGAACGACUUUGGUCAGGUGUGGAAGUGGGUGAGGGAGGACAGCAGCUACGUCAACGUUCGAGAUGGCUUUAACGGGGACACUCCGCUGAUCUGCGCCUGUAGGCGGGGGCACCUGCGGAUCGUUUCCUUCCUUUUAAGGAGAAAUGCUGAUGUGAACCUCAAAAACCAGAAAGAGAGAACCUGCUUGCAUUAUGCUGUGAAGAAGAAAUUUACCUUCUUUGACUAUCUACUCAUCAUCCUCUUAAUGCCUGUCCUGCUAAUUGGCUAUUUCCUCAUGGUAUCCAAGACAAAGCAGAAUGAGACUCUUGUCCGAAUGCUACUUGAUGCCGGCGUCGACAUUAAUGCUGCAGACUGUUUCGGCUGCACUGCGUUACAUUACGCCUGCGAAAUGAAAAACCAGACUCUCAUCCCUCUGCUCCUUGAGGCCCAUGCGGACCCUGCACUAAGAAAUAAGCAUGGUGAAAGUUCCCUGGAUAUUGCACGAAGAUUAAAAUUUUCCCAGAUUGAAUUAAUGCUAAGAAAAGCGUCAUAGUCCUUGUGGCCUCAGACGGAGACACAGAAAGAGUGAAAGGACUGGAUUCUGUCUGCAUCUUGGACUAUUGGUCGGUGGGCCACUCAGCUGGAUGCUGCCGCUAUAUGGGGAUAGCGAUGAUUGCCAGGGGUAAUGUUGUUGAAGAGCUUUGUAGUCGUGUUUCUGCUCAACGGAGCUCACCGUGGCCCUAAUCCUUCUAGGAGAAAACACUGACGCUGUUGGAUUCUCCACUUCAGUCAAAAAGGUGAUGCUUCGAUUCAGUCUCUCCCGAAGAAGGCCAGAGCUCUGCCGGUGACCUGCCUUCUCAGCCCUGGGCUCCUGUGAGAGGCUGUCCCGUCUAUGUCACGCCCAGGGGACACUGUUCCUCCCAUGGGCCCUUUAAGUAGUAGGAGGAAUGGAAGCAUGUACAUUUGUAUAGAAUGAUGGGUGUAUGUGUGUGGGUUUAGAGAUCCACAUGGAAAUGUUCCUUUGGCAAAACAACUUCAACUUCAACAAAAACAUUAUCACUGAUCAGUGGUUUUACACCACAGAAACUGGCAAAUGCUAAAAUCAAGGCUUCUUUUCCUGUCUUUCUGGAGAAUCAGUUUACCAGCCCACUGCUAAACAUUUUGCUGUCAGUUUACAAAUAAAAGCCACCUUGACUUUGAA